CGUGGAGACUGCAUGUUAUGCAAAGACAGGAAGGAAACGUUAUAAGGACUGAGCAGCCUGUCCUGCAUCAGAUAUCUGAGCAUAGGUUGAAGUGUCCACACACACCCCGAGACAGACCAACUGUAAGUGGGAUUCCUGUCCUGGGAGUCCAGGAAGAGGAGCUUGAGCGCAAAGUGUUUUCUGCCCUUUCAACUCAUUUCUGAUUUGACAGGAAAACAAUUGUGGAUUGCUCCAAAAUGUUUUUCAGAGUGCCAAGAUUGACUCCGGGCUACAUCCGGCUGCUCCAGACCCAGGCCUACCAUAAUGUCGCUGUGGCGCCGCCCGCUGAGAAGUCCAUGCCGGGCAUUGCUAUGCUGCUGGGGGCCGUGGGGAUCGGCUUGUGCGGCUACAGCUCCAGGCAGUUGGCCCUCUACCACCGGCCCUCCUCCCGUGUGCUGCAGUGGGUUGGUACCCACACUGAUGCCAGCAUGGGGGGAACAUCCGGCAAUAGGAUCCCACCUCCCUCCUUUGUGGGACAGAAAGUUCCCGUGAAAUAAUAACCUUUUCAUGAUAGGCUUCAUUUAGAAUAACCAACGUCAUAGGUUGAGUUCCAGUAACUGCACUUAUGCAUGACUAAAGAUUGUAGCUAUGCUGGCCCCGAGAGUGGCCCAUGUGCUCUCUGAAGACGUGCAAGUGUUGAUAUUAACCUCAACGAUGAUGUAUGUGGGAAUUUGAACGUCUUCUAGUCAUGGUGAAUUCUGUAACACAAAGUAUAGAAAUAGUUGACAUGCUAUUUGAUGGUAUCAAUUACUCACUAAUAUUAGAGUCUUUAAUGCACCCAGAGGGCAUGAAGCAAUAUGUAUGUAAUGAUGCUGGAACUUUCCAAAAAACUGUCGCUGAAUGUAACUUUAAGGAGCCACCAUGUUUAAUUUGAAGACAUUGUGUGUCUUAUUGAGGCCUGGCGUAAAAAUAGGCUGUUGCUUGGCAGUGCCCCUCUGUACACAGAUGGUUGGCAACUCUAUCUAUGUGCCCCCCCACCCACCCGUCCCUCCCUAGGCAGAGAGCCAUGUGUAAGUGCUUGGGCACCACAUCCAUGCCCAAGUCUUUCACUUAUUUCUUCUGAUGAGAAGCAGGUGCAAUCCAUCAACAGGCCUCGGCUUUUGUUGGUACGUUUUAGCCAUGGGCUGUCAAUCAUGAGACGGUGUGUUGGACAUUGAUGAGCAAUUGCCUGUGUUCCGAAAAGUGAAAUCCCCCGAACGAUUUGUUUUGGGUGGUGGGAGAAAAGAAGAGUGGAUGGGCAGUUUUGUGGUUUGAAAAGAGUUAUUUGAUACCUGAGUCAUGUAAACAUGACUUUCACAACAGCACAAAUACACCUGACUGGAUUAUGAGACUUUAUUUACACGUGGGUGGCAGGCAGGCAAUGCACUGUGAUUCCUCCUGGAUAAAUCUUUGUUUUCUCCAGGGAUUAACCCAGGGGGAAAAUCAUUCCUAGCACACACUCUCCUUAACCUAAUCUGGAAUUAGAGACAAUGACCCGUGAGAGGCAGACAGUCCCUGUGCGUCCCAGCUUUGUACCAUUCCCCCUGCAGCGUCCACCAAUCUUCUCAUUGUCAUACUUAGAUGUAGUUAUUUUAGGAUUGGUGUUUCCUUUGUGUUAACACCAAAAUUGAAGUAGUGAAAGGGCACUUGUGAUCUGGCGUGAUGCUGAGUGUGGUUGAGAAUGUGUGCUGUGCCUUAUGGAUAGCACAGGGUCAAACUGCCAUUAUUUUGACUACAAAUAUUUGAAAAUCUACCCAAUGUGUUUGUUAUUCUGGAUUGUGUCAGUACGAAGUUUUCAAAGGGGGAGUUUUAUUUUUUAAGAAGGAUACUGGAAAUAAUGAAUAAGGAGGAUGGUGAUUUGUUCUGUUAUGGUGAUUAAGUUAAGUGUUUCAUCACUCAGAGGUCAGCCAGGCCUUUUAAUCCAAUUUUUCCAUUGUUUAAAAGCCCUCCUUGACCGCCUGCCAAAUUGACCAGUGGCUAGUUGUGGCAGGUUGGGAGCUUUUAGAUCCCCAAUAGUGGCCCUGCAGAAACCUAACACAGUAGGUCACUAACAAAAUGGUUGUAAGCCACUUACCAGAGGAUGCUAAUGGCUCCAACUGGCAUCAGACACUGAAUGAACAAUUGGUCACAUUGCUCUGGACAGAAGCUGAUGCCCAUAAACAAUUUCAUAAUGGGAUUUUGAUGGUCUAGAACCAACAGGAUACUCUUUGAUACUUUAUACACCUGAAGGAAAAAUACAGGGUAAAUUGGAACUUUUAUGACGCCCAAAUUCAGAUAGAUGUGCUGUAUGACUCAAUUAAUCUUGACCUGUUCUUUAAUCCAAACUGAACGUAUCUGUGAAGCCGGCACAAACUGCAUUUUAUGGUCAUUUUCAGGCAUUGGAGGUUGUGUAAUGCACCUGGCUGAUUCUGAUGGAUUCUCUUUAUAUACUGCAGUGGUGCACACUGAACACAGAGCACUGUGAAAACCUAUUGAUCUCAAUCAGAGUGUGAGGGAGAGCGUGUCUCCUCACUGCAGCAAACGUCCCGUUUCACUAAGCAUUGUGCAGAGAAUGAGGGAUCACUGCCAAAACAGUGUACUGACAAAAAAAGGAAUAUCUGAAAACGUGUUUGCUGUUGGAAUAAAAUGAAAUGAAUCUGUUAA